GGCGACUCUCUGCACAAUUCUCUCACCCUUAGCCUUCCGCGACUUAAUACCCGACGAAUCUACGAUCACAGCAAAGCUACACUGCAAACAACGAUGUCUGGCACCCGCAGAGAAAGAGAUCCUGUCAUGGAUGUAGGAAAGACCGCCGAACAUGACAGAUUUCUUGAGACUGUAUAUACCAAUUCCAUUUGUUCUUUGAGCGCGAACUGAAAGUCUGGACUAGACACGAGAGAAGUUGAAGACAUCAGGCUACGAAGGCCGCAAAGAAGCAAGAGAACGACUCCUUGCCCGAUUUUCUGUCCCAGAUAAAGACCUCGAUGAUUUGAAUCGUGCAAAGACAUUACAAGUCCUUAUCAAGCACGCUCACCUACCCGCCGCCGAACUUCGUCUGCACGUCGAACAAUUAAUCGAAGUAUGCAAGAUGCUACAGCAGGAAUUUAGCGACUCCCCUAACGAGGCCGUUGGCGAGGAAGGAGAGAAGCGAAAGUGGGUUAGCGAUAUCAGGGGGCAAGUUGAGGCUAUACUCUACCAUUUAGAGGUAGCGGGACGUCGCGAAGAACGCCACAGGAAGCGAGAGGAGCGUGACGAUAUGUUGGACGAACAACGGAAUCGUGUUGAUGACUGGCUCGAAAGCAUUACAGUCUCUGGGGCUGAUCCAAACAGCAGCGGAUGAGCAACGGAUGAGCAGUGAAUGAUGGUCAUAUUUGGGCUGGCGAUAUCUGAUGGCUAACGAUAUGAAUUUGCUCAGAACGCACGGACAAUCACU